ACAAACUGACUGAAAUGCAUCAACAGUUUAUAGAGGAGUCUCAGCUGACUUUUACUGAGGAAGAACUGAAUCUACUACAGUUCCACAUGAGUAACUUAGAAUAUGCUUGUGGUUGCGACCUCAGCAAACUGUCUGCCAUAAAUUGGGAUCAGAAUGAGGCUUUCCCACAAUUCUCUGGUAACCAUGCCCUUGUUGGGGAAGGCUAUUCCACCAUUUUGAAUAGAUUGGCUGAUGGCUUAGAGAUAAAGUUAAACACUAAGGUGAAAUCUGUAGAUUACUCUGGUGAUAAAGUAGUGGUCAGUUCUGAAAAUGGCCAGAAGUGGACAGCAGACAAGGUGAUAAUCACUGUUCCACUGUCCCUACUUCAGAAGUCUGUGAUAUCAUUCACCCCAAGUUUACCUGAACAUAAAGUUAAGGCUUUCCACAAACUAGGGACAGGUGUAACAGAAAAGAUUGCCUUACAGUUCCCAGAGAGGUUCUGGCAGAACAAGGCAAAAAAAGCAGGUUUUUUUGGCCAUGUGCCUUCAGAUGAAUCUCAGAGAGGCCUUUUCAGUAUGUUCUAUGAUCUCACGCCAAAGGAUAACCCUAGCAGCCCUUUUGUCCUGAUUAGCCAGUUGAGUGGGAAAGCUGUGGAAGUUCAGAGUGAGAAGACUGAUGAGGAGAUUGUCAAAUGCUGUGUGGGGGUUUUAGGAAAAUUAUUCCCUGAAAAGCCAAUCCCAGAACCUGAGAAGUGGUUUGUUACUCGCUGGCACAGUAUGGAGAACAUAGGCAUGGCGUACAGCUACGUCCCUAUUGGCAGUGGUGGUGACACCUAUGAUAUUGUUGCUGAGGAUGUAGACCAGAAAGUUUUCUUUGGUGGAGAGGCCACCCAGCGUCAGUUUCCACAGACAGUCACAGGAGCCUAUCUGAGCGGAGUGAGAGAGGCAGCCAAAAUUAUCACACUUCCAGACACAGUAGAAUCAUGACACUGCAUGUACUCACGCCCCUAGGCAGAGAUGGUGGUGACACCUAUGAUAUUGCUUUGGGGAAGAUGAUAAAAAUGUUUUAUGUCAGGGGAACUAUGUUUUAGGUCACAGAAGAGUUGUUGUACAUGUAUACCAUAGGACUUUCAACUUUAGAUAUGAGUAUCUGUUUAAGAUGAAAAAAAAAAGCCAUCAGAAAAUGUUCCUGUAGGAUGUCCUGUAGGACUCAGUGGAACUCUGUAGGACUCCUCCAUGACUCUAGACUCUAUAUGACUCCUACAUUACUCUAUAUGACUCCUACAGGACUCUAUGGGACUCCUACAGGACUAACUCAAUCCUACAGGACUGUAUGGAACUCCUACAGGACACUAUAUGACUCCUACAUUACUCUAUAGGACUCCUAUAGGACUCUAUGGGACUCCUACAUUACUCUAUAGGACUCCUACAGGACUCUAUGGGACUCCUACAGGACUAACUCCUACAGGACUCUAUUGGACUCCUACAGGACUCUAUGGGACUCCUACAAGACUCUGUGGGACUUAGUAGGAAUUCUAUCAGUUCUAUAGGAAACAUAUGUCCUAUAGGAUAUGGGGUUAAUUUAUUAUAGAACCCUGUAUGAGAUAUCUCUUAGAAAGGUGGAGAAUUCACAGCUUGACCUCCAGCUCCCAUUAUUGGCAGAAUAAACAAAUAAUCCCAGUUUGGAAUUAAUUGUGCAGAAUUUGAGUGCAAAAAAGCAUAUAAGCAGUGCAUUUAUUAUCUCACAGGGAAUAUAUUUCACAACUGCACAGCUUUGUCACAUCCCACCGCACUGCCACAUUAUUCAGUAUUACAUUUGUAUUUGUGUAGAAGCUCAUACAGUAUAUGUAAAUCAUGUAAGGCAGUUUGUGUGUGUGUGUGGGGGGUCCCUUUCACAAGUAUCCUUUUAACUGUUUUGACUAAUCAGAAUUAAUCCAGUUAACUGAAUGGUGGUGUCAAGCAUGUGAGCUCUGUUUAGGCAACUCUUUCAGUUACAUGAAAGGCAGCUUGUUAUAUUGUGAAUCUAUCAAAGUGUUUGGAUACAGAAAAGUGUAACACAAGAUGUGAGGACUCGUGUCUGGACCAGUUGAUACAAUUGUAAGAUGCAUGAAAUAGGUGAAAUUAUUUAUCACGUCUGGCAUGUCUCUUCAAAUGGGAUUUAAAUGUACAAAUAACGAUUUAUACAAGAUACAUAGAGGUAGAAUUUAUAGUCCAGAUUUUGUUUACUAUUUAAUGCUAUUGCUAUACCAAAGAUUUAUCUCUGUAUUCUAGAGAGCCCCUUGUGGGUGAGUUGUGUGAUGUAUUAAUAAUUUUCCGUAAGUUAUAUGUACCAAUACCAGAACUCAUUUUGUCAUUUUAGCCAAACAAUUACAUAGAUUAUAGCAGGAUAAAAUUCAAGCUUAUGAAUGAUCAACAUUUUGCUGUUUAUGAAUUUUGGGUACUAGCAAUUAUAUUGGUAUUUUGAGCCAGAAUGUCAGUUAGAUUGUACUAGGAUAAAUUUUAAGGGAGCAUUCCCAUAAGCCUAUGUUCUAGCUGGAUCAAUCUAACUUCUUGGGGAUUCUUGCUAAAUUACAUUCAGUUUGAGAGGCUUAAAUGUCUGGCAUACC